AUGGGAUCUGCUUUGUCGUACCACAGCCGUUCGCGAAAUAUUACGAUCAUUCAAAACAAGACUUCUCAAGAGCAGAGAAGGUAAGUAUACCAAACUGAUAGCAAAAUUUUUACAACAAUUAGUAAAUGGUUUUUGUUGCACAGUUUACUAUGAUAUGAUGAACAGUACCGAGAAUAUUGAAAACUAGAAACUGUAGAGAAGAUUAUCAGUAAGCUUGUAUAUGUUGUGCAAAUUCAAAAGAAACUGGCAUCACAAGAAAAUAAGUUAAAAACAGUUCUAGUUUACGAAAUUUUUGAUGUUGGCUCGGAAAAAAGGUUUGAUAAAAUAGUAUCUUUAAAGUGAAUAAUAUAUAAUUGGUGACAGGAAAGCGUACAUUUUAUAAGUGAGUAAAGACUUGUUUUGACAAACGUGGAAUAGUUACUUUCGUAAGUCUACCAGAUGUUACCUCAUGUUUACCCUCCAUAGGGAAAUAAAUAAAAAAUUUUUCGUAUUCACAGCGCGGAUAAUUCCCUCGUUAAAAACAACCUGUUCUGUUGACAUAUUUUCGAUUUCGCUUCGGAAAAUUAAACAUCAAAUAAAAUAUUUCAUUUCCUAUUACAUCCCAUUGUUUGGAGCAUUGAAGUAGUUUUUCAUGGUUGAACGUUUUAUAAAAGAUUUCUAACUGCAUUUCGGUGGUUUAACAGCUUUUUAUAAUAUUUAUUUAUAAUGAAACACAUCACAACACGUUUUCGAUGACGUCCAAUUUCAUUCAGUGAAAUGCAUUUAGGUACCAUCGUUGCGAUAACAAUAGCAAAACUUAUUAUAGCACAUGUAUUAGGGGGAGGAACUUCAAGUAUACACAUUUGAAUGAUUGUUAAUCCAGUACUUCACACCUGUCACUAAUGAGUUUUCAAGCGUCGCAUUUCCUGAUAACUAAGAGUUAGAGGUAGAACAUCAAAAUUGGCCGAAAAAUAUUUGAAAGGAAAGAAACUAAAAUGUGCGCAUUAACUGGUCUGUUCAGUUAUGUGAGGUUUUUUUUUUUUUUUUUUUUUUGCAGCAGGUUAAAUUCUAUACAACCGCAUGUGACGCCUUAUUAAAAGCUUCCGCGACAGAUUGGAAACUAAAUGCUGGUUUUCGAAAUGUCUAAAAUAUCUUCGUCGAUCAAGCAUGUCGCUGUUUUCAUCGUCUCCUGCAGGUUGAACAAAUUAGUGAUAAACCAAAUAUUUAUCCCGGAUAGUGAGGGAUAAAUCGUGAAAAUUGGAAGCGUUUCUAUUUUCCCAAAGCUUGAUCUUCUUUGUGGGCCGUCACUCACAUACAUGUAGGAGAAUAUGGGAAAAACUACAGUUUUUAAUGUAAUGGCGUAGGGGAAAGCGUCUUCAACUGCUCGGCUCCAGUCCUGCCGAGAAAUUUAAAUAACUUCCUCAAUAAUAUGCUAUCUUGAAAAUCAUCGUGACGGUGCAGGAAUUAAGACAAGUAAAAUUCCUGAUUAUCUUUCUUUUUUUCGUUUUAUGAAAACCAGCCUUAACAUUUGGAAUAGCGACUAUAAGAUAGGUUCCGAUCCGAUUAAUCCUUUAACUCUCAUGAAUGACCAAGACAGAAUUUCUCCUCACAAAAUCCUUACAAUAUUAGUACACGAGUGAUGAGAAUAAAGAAAAAGAUGAUUUAGAUGAUUAUUAGUUGAUGCAAUACCAAAUUCUCCGAACUAACAUCAUAAGAAUUGUAUGGCAGACAGUAGAGAGAAUUAGAGAAUCACUGAUGAGAUCUUGGGAGCGAAAGGGUUAGAUGAAAUUUCCUAAUAUUUAUCGAAUCGAACGAUAAAUUGUGGCUUUAAAUAAAACCUCAUCAUUCGUCAUUAACACGUCAAUAAAUUUAACAACAUAUUUUCUCUUUUUAAAGAAUAUUUAAAGGAAUUGCCAUUGCAAAAACAGUCCAAUUUAUCACACUUUUUGAGGUAUAUGACAUCUUGUGCAAACAGAAAGGGUGAGAGAGCAUGCGUUUAGCUUUUUCUGAAGCGUAGAGGAAAAACGUGGGAAUUACAAUAACAGAAGAAAUUCGGGUUUGAGAUCUGGUCCACACACUGACACUUCUGAAGUGAACAAAACGCAAGGAAAGUAGCAAGCUUCUUUGUUAUGCUCAGAACAGCGAAUUAUUUAGUUAAACGGGUUGCAAGAACUUUUGGUUGCUUUGAUAAAAUCCAACGCAUACACUUUGUUUUCUUUCAGCCUACCCGUUGUUGUGGCUUUGAGUGAUACGGAGAACAACACUGGAAAAUACCCUCAUUUGUCAGACGCUCUUUUGCUAAAGAUUUUCUCACAUUUUACAAUUGAGGACUUGAUGCGCAUGUCUUGCGUUUGCCAGCAGUGGCGCCGCGUGAGCCUGGACCCAAGUUUGUGGCAAAGCAUUGAUUUGUCCUCUUGUGCCCACCCGCGAAUCCGUGACAGGACCGUUAUUUGUUUAGUUUCGCGCGUUACGUCCUCUGCUAUCACGUACAUUGACCUAUCAGGACCUGGGUGUUUGCGUCUUACAAACGUCAGCUUGUUUCACAUCGCCCGUCAGUGUCACAAACUUCGCAAACUUUACAUCUGCAAUCGUAAUCGAAUCACGAGCACUGGAAUCGAGAUGAUAGCACGACAUUGCCCUUAUCUGGAAGUCCUCGGAAUGUCGAAGUGCCCUCUGAUACUAUCCCGAGGACUCGGCUUUGUUUUGCGUCGCUCGAAGCUGCUACGAGAACUGGACAUUAGUGGAUGUCUGUGGGUCACUAAUGCGGUUCUCGUUGAGAUCGGACAGCUUUGUGUUUGUUUAGUUUACCUCAGUAUCGAGGGCUGCAAAAAGGUCACGGAUUACGGUAUAGUCUCCCUUGCGAACUCGUGCACCACCUUAAAACACAUCAAUUUACGAAACACUAAACGAAUCUCCAACGCAGGAAUGGAACAAUUUUUAACCAAGCUGCCUAACCUAGAGGGUCUAGAAAUUGGUUUAGUCCGUAAAGGUCGUGGAACCGCUGCCAUGUUGAACCUUGUAGCGACACACUGCAAGAACCUUACGUUUUUUGAUUAUCAAGAGUGUCUUCCUACCCCUGUGGAUGAUGUUCUUUGUCAGAUCGCUGAACAGUGUCAGAGAUUGCGCUUCAUGGGAGUCAGAUAUCAGUACCAGACUCUUUCCAAUAACUUGAUACUCUCUUUGACAAAGUUGUGUCCAAGCUUAGUAAGAAUUGACGCAAGUUUGCGCUUUUAUAUAUGA